UACAGGUAAAGGGUUUUAGUAGACAAGACGUUUAUUGGAUAGUUGACCAUAAAGAUGUUAAGUAAGAUGAAAUACUUUUUAAUUCAUUCAACUUUACACUUUAUAUGUAGACGUGAACACAAAUGGAAUCUGACACUAUUGUAUUUGAGUGAAAGCUCUUUUGUCGAUCAGUAGAUUUUAUUAUGUUAUGGCACACUGAAAUGCUGUUCCAAUUGAUAUUUCAUAUUGCAGGUUGAUUCAAUUUGAUGUGUUACAGUAUCAUUUUUAAUAAUACUGGCACAGAAUUCAUUUCUGACAUACUUAAAAGCUUCUUUUUGAGCAUAUGAAAUACAUUUAACUUAAAUACACUGUACAAAACAACAAUAAGUAACAAGUAAUUUCAUUGAUAAUUCUGAGUAAAGCAUAUUUAUGACAAUGGUAAUAAUAGCAAUAUUUCCAGAUUCAUGAAGUUCUACAUGUCAUGAAAGCUAGAGUAUCGUAUAGUCAACUUUUUUCUUCCAUUUUUUUUUUCAUUGAUUUAAGCUGACACCUAGCAUAUCGGUAAUUACAGUCUUUAUCCCAUAGCAAUAUUUAUGUAAUGUAAAAAAAUACGAUUCGCUUGAGUAACAGCUGCACCAAGUCUGUUUUGACUCAUUUUAAUUUCUGUCUGCUUUUUAUAUUUAUAUUUAUCAACAGCAGGCAAAAAUUAAAAUUGGUUACAGUGCAACAAAUUAUAAAAAUAUAUGAAAUUGUAUAGAAGAUCUAAAUGGAAGUUAACACAAUAUUUAUCAUAUCAUGCCCUACCAUUAACAGUUUCUCUCUCUUUAGAUAUGGAAUGCUUCGGUGAAUAUGUGGCUGUUACUCUGACAUCUAUGGCACUGCUGAUAUCUGUGUGUUUAAAUGUUGCACUCUAUUUAUUAAGAAGACAGGAAAGACACAAAGCAGCAAACAGAGACAUAUUUCAAUGUGGAGAGGAGCCAUUCCGUCGAAUUUCAAUUCAGUCUGAGAGGUUUGAGAUCGAUGAAAUGGAAAGACAGGAAAAUCCAAUUUACGGGAAUAUUUGUUUAGAUGGAGGAGGAACUUUAGGAAUGUCUGAGGAUGUGUGCUAUGAACAAAUGUCACAUGCAAGUACAACAAAACACAGUUUAAAGGUCCAGCAGGGAGAUGUACCUUAUGCAUCUUUGGAUUUGACUACAAAUAAAAGGCGUAGGAAAAAGAGAAAAUGCAAAAAACAGGGUCAGACUCACCAUGAUCAAACAUAUUCACAACCUUCUGCCCAGCAGAACUGUCUGGACCAGGACACAGAUGCUGAAGUCACCCUCCCAUCCCGGACCAGCAGUCUCAUGGUAUCGCGCCAUAGUAUCUACCUCAACAGCCAUCAAGUAGCCCUGGAGGCAGAAGAGAGGGAGAGGGAAUUGGAGAGAGAGAGAGAGAAAGAAAGACAAAAGGAAAGAGAUGACAAUGGAGAAAUAGAGUUUCAGAUGAGCAGACAUUUGCAUGAAGGAUUUGAACACACCCUCGGUAGAUCAAGACAAAGUCUAGAACAGGAUAGUUAACAGUUAGAGAGUAAAAAAUAAUACUUUAAUAUAUAAAAAAAAUAAUCACAGCAUACUGUGGCGUGGAACUGGUAACAGCUCAGAAAAUCCUUGCAAAAGAUAAAGAUCAUAGCUACAGUAUGGUUGGCAAGUGAGAAAAUUCUCAUAUGUGUCUUCACAAAAGUAUGCAGAGGAAAUCAGCAUCUCUUCUCAGGUUGUGUCCAAAAGGGACACAAUAGAGUUUGCUACCUUGAAUUUGCUUUCUUUUUUUCCUUGCAUUUAAAGACUGUACAUGUACUAAGCUAAAUAUGUUUUUUUGCUAUUGUAUUUUGAGACGUUUAUGACUACAUUUGGGUGAAGCUAGAUUGAUGAAAAUACAGAUCAUUUGGUGUACCUCUGUACAUAAUGAAAAUAAUGUAUUCUAUAACUUAUAAUAUUGUUAUUUCAGAGAUUUGCAAUGUAAUUAAAUUAUAGUUAUCUGAAUUGCCUGUUUGACCGUAGCUUUGUAAUGACAUUAAAAUUUAUGGCGAUUUUGUUUUUUGUAUCUUU